CCAGCUCCUCAGCAACCAGCUGUCAGUGCCGCUCCAGAGACCAGUCCGCAACCAUCACCCGACCACUCCACGGAACUCCACUCUCAGGUAUCAGAGGAGGCGAGCCGUGUCCAAGGGCAUAGGGCACCCGAUUGUUGUGCUCAGGAAAAUUUCACCCGGGACUGCUUAUCUGCCGCCGUGAGCUGGCUGGCUCCUCCCCGCGUCCCGCACCCCUCUUCCCACCGCAGUAUAUACGGCGGCCACUGACCGGACACCGGCACAACUCAUCAGCCUGAGCUAGCAGCACCACGCUAUUCGCAGACACUUGCAGCAACCACAGUCGACAUGAGCAAGCUUCUAGUUUUGGUCGCAGCCUGCCUGGCCCUGGCCAGCGCGCACGUUGCCCGUCGCGAGGCCCCCGCCUCCAGCCCGCUGCAGGAGGUGCAGCGCAACGCCGAGCAGUUCCAGAAGACGUUCAGUGAGCAGUUUUCAGCGCUCACCAACUCCAAGAACACCGAGGAGUGGAACAAGGCAUUGAAAGACGGCUCCGACGUCGUGCUCAACCAGCUCUCCAUCUUCUCGCAGACCCUGCAGAAUGCCCUGAGCGACGCAAACGGCAAGGCCAAGGAAGCCCUGGAGUCGACGCGAAACAACAUCGAGAAGACUGUGCAGGAGCUGCGGCAGGCACACCCUGAAGUAGAACAGCAGGCAUCCGCGCUCAGAGACAAGCUGCAGAACGCCGUGCAGACUACCGUGCAGGAGACACAGAAGUUGGCCAAGGAGGUGGCCGCUAACGUGCAGGAAACCAACAAGAAGCUGGAGCCGCAGAUCCAGAAGGCCUACGAUGACUUUGUGAAGCAGGCCGACUCUGUACAGAAGAAGCUGCACGAGGUCGCCACCAAGCAGUAGACCGCACUUCUUAUCAAUAAAUCUUCAUAGUACGAUCA